AUGGACUUGAAAAUGACACUGAAAAACAAGAAGAAAUGCAUUGUUAUUUGCACUUUAGCUGUAUCUGUUGUGACCAUCAUAUUAGGACUGGGUCUAGGGCUUGGACUUCAGCUGCAAAAGUGCAAGAACAAGUUGCCAGAUUCAUGUCAUAACCGCUGUUAUGAGCCAUAUGAUUAUGAGUCUCCAGGUUGUCGAUGUGAUGAGCAGUGUGUGACCAGUAAUACCUGUUGUUAUGAUUUUAUGGAUAUCUGCCACCAGCCAGUUGAGAGCUGGGAGUGUACGCCAUUGCGUUGUGGGGAAAAGCGUGUCUCUGGUAGUAAGUGUCACUGCUCUUCUGACUGUCUGAGUGCUGGAGACUGCUGUACAAACUAUGGCAUUGUUUGCAAUGGAAUGACGCCAUGGGUACAGGAUCAGUGUGUGAGCAUGAACAGUCCUAAGUGUCCUGCUAAUUUUAAGAGACAGCCUCUGCUGCUAGUCUCUCUUGAUGGAUUAAGAGCGGAGUAUCAGUACACAUGGCACUCCCUCAUUCCAGUCUUGGACAAGCUAAGAAAAUGUGGGACAUCUGCUACCUUUAUGCAACCUGUAUUUCCAAGCAAAACAUUCCCGAACCACUACUCCAUUGCUACGGGUCUGUACUGUGAGUCUCAUGGUUUGGUGGAUAACAACAUGUAUGACCCUGAAUUUAAUGCUUCGUUCAGUCUGUCUAAUGCAGAGAAGGACAAAGGGAGAUGGUACCUAGGACAACCGAUCUGGCUCACAGUGAUGGAUCAGGGUCUGCGAGCAGGAACCUUCUUCUGGCCAGGAUCAGAUGUGCAAAUAAAUGGAACUUUCCCAAAUUUAUAUGAAAAAUAUAAUGGAACAAUCCCCUUUGAGCAGAGAGUUUUCACUGUUCUGAAGUGGUUACAGUUGCCUGAUGAUCAGCGCCCUGAUUUCUACACUCUGUAUCUGGAAGAGCCGGAUAAAUCAGGACACAAGUUCGGACCUGUCAGUGGAGGGUUGAUCAGUGCAAUCCAAGGAGUGGACAAAGUGAUUGGACAAUUGAUGAACGGACUCAAACAGCUCAACCUUCAUGAAUGCGUCAACAUCAUCAUUGUGGCUGAUCACGGAAUGGGAGAAACAAGCUGUGACCGAAAGGAGGUUCUACAGAAGUUCAUCGGUGACAUCUCACAUCUCUCAGUGUACCAGGGACCUUUUGGUCGAAUCAGAGCAGUGAAUGAAGAAAUCAGCUUUGAUGCUGGAAGUUUAGUGGCCAACUUGACGUGUAAGAAGCCUGAUCAGAAGAUAAAGCCCUACCUCAAACCUUAUCUACCCAAACGGUUCCACUAUGCACAUAGCAGACGCAUUGAGGACGUCAAUGUACUUGUUGACUCACUCUGGCUAUUUGAGAGCUAUCCAGGUUCUCUCAGUUUUUGUUCGAGAGGAGAUCACGGGUAUGACAAUGAUCACUCGAACAUGCAGGCAAUGUUUCUUAGUUAUGGCCCCAAGUUUAACUUUCAGACUGAGGUUGAGCCGUUCUCCAACAUCGAGCUCUAUAACCUUAUGUGUGAUAUAUUAGAAAUCACUCCAGCGCCUAACAAUGGGAGUCAUGGGAGUCUGAACCAUAUGUUGCGCUCGCCAUACUACAAACCUCAACCUCUAGUGGAGCAGAGUGCACCGGGCCAGUGUCCUCUAACCAGCCUGAAGCCCGCUGACCAACUCGGGUGCUCUUGCAAUGCCCUGGCUGGCCUGAAUCCAAACUCUCACCUCAACCUGUCGGACACUGAAGUGUCUCAGAGCGAGAGCAAGCAUCUGCUGUUUGGCCGACCACUAAUGUUGCAGUUCAAAUCAGAUUACUGUCUCCUGCACCAUCAUGGAUUUAUCAGUGCCUACAGCAAACAACAUCUCAUGCCUCUCUGGAGCUCGUUCACUGUGGAGAAACAGCCGGGAGGAAGUUCUGGCUCUUUGCCCCCAGUGAUACCAGACUGUCUGAGAGCUGAUGUGAGAAUCCAAGCCGAUCAGAGUCCUACAUGUACCCAAUACAACAGCAGCACUAACGUCACAUAUGGCUUCCUCUAUCCACCCAAUCUUAACAGAACAGCAGAAGAGCAGUAUGAUGGUUUGACUUUGAGCAAUGUGGUUCCCAUGUAUCCAGCAUUUAAAAGAGUGUGGCAGUAUUUCCACAAUAUUUUGCUUCUGAAGUCUUCCUCGCAGUAUAACGGCAUUAAUGUGGUGACAGGACCUGCAUUUGAUUACAACUUUGAUGGCCAGUUUGACACUGCAGAUCAGAUCACACAGUUUGUUACAGGUACUAAUAUCCCCGUCCCCACACAUUACUUUGCCAUCUUGACGAGCUGCUUGGACUCAAAUCAGCCGGUGAAUGACUGUAAGGGAGAUUUACACACAGUGUCAUUUCUAAUGCCACACCGACCUGACAACUCUGAGAGCUGCAAGAGUGACCAGGAUGAGUCGAACUGGGUGGAGGACUUGCUUUGGUUCCACCAGUCACGUGUCAGAGAUGUCGAAUGGAUCACGGGAUUGGAUUUCUUUGGGAAGAGUGGCCGACCAAUCCCUGAGAUUCUGCGGAUAAAGACCCGUCCCACAGCUGCCAUUCACAGAAAGCAAUGAUUCAUUAUAUUAUUUAUAUAGUCAUGAAAUCGCUCAUAAAAUAUAGACUUUAGUCAUUAAAUGAACCAAAAUAUUCACUGACCAAUGCACUGAACUCAUUUGUCCUCAUGUUUAUUCUUGGCUACAGAACUGAUGUCUUAUAGUCCAUAGAGUCAU